ACUGAGUAGCCCUUAUGACCAACAUGAGCUGGAGCUUUCUCACCCGCCUGCUAGAAGAGAUUCACAAUCACUCCACCUUCGUGGGGAAGGUCUGGCUGACCGUGCUCAUCGUCUUCCGCAUCGUCUUGACAGCGGUGGGGGGGGAGUCCAUCUACUCCGAUGAGCAGAGCAAGUUCACCUGUAACACCAAGCAGCCCGGCUGCGACAACGUCUGUUACGAUGCCUUUGCGCCGCUGUCACACGUCAGGUUCUGGGUCUUCCAGAUCAUCGUGAUCUCCACCCCUUCGGUCAUGUACCUGGGCUAUGCCAUCCACAGGAUCGCCCGGUCGGCGGAGGAGGAGAAGAAGUUCAAGGGCUUCAAGAAGAAGAAGCAGUUUGCUCUGAACUGGCAGGCGGUGCGUAACAUGGAGGACCCCAUGGAGGCUGACGAAGAGGAGCCCAUGAUCUCUGACGACGCGGCAGAAAAAGAGAAAGCCAAAGCCAAGCCCAAAAGCAAAGAGCAACAAAAGCACGACGGGAGGAGGCGCAUCCAGCAAGAAGGACUGAUGAAAAUCUAUGUCUUCCAGCUGCUUACCAGAGCUUCGUUCGAAGUUUGCUUCUUGAUAGGGCAGUACUUGCUCUACGGGUUUGAGGUAGAAGCCUAUUACGUCUGCAACAGAGUCCCUUGCCCUCACACUGUGGACUGCUUCGUGUCCCGGCCGACUGAGAAGACCAUCUUUCUCCUGGUGAUGUACGUCGUGAGCUGCCUCUGCUUAUUGCUGAACAUGUGCGAGAUGUUUCACCUGGGGUUUGGGACCAUCCGAGAUGCCAUUCGCAACCGGAAAAUCAACAGCUUUAGGCAACCUCCUUACAACUAUGCCUACCCAAAGAACAUCUCCUGCCCUCCUGAGUACAACCUGGUCGUGAAAUCAGAGAAGCCCACCAAGAUCCCCAACAGCCUGAUGGCUCAUGAGCAGAACUUGGCUAACGUGGCUCAGGAGCAGCAGUGCACCAGCCCGGAUGAGAACCUCCCGGCAGACUUGUCCACCCUUCACAAACACUUGCGAGUGGCCCAGGAGCAGUUAGACAUAGCGUUUCAGAGCUACAGCAGCACCCAGGCCAACACGCAACCUUCUCGCACCAGCAGCCCCGCCUCGGGUGGCACGGUGGUAGAGCAGAACAGGGCCAACACCGCCCAGGAGAAACAAGGUGCUAAGCCCAAGGCCUGCUUGGAGAAGGGGAGCUCGAGCAGUAAAGACGGAAAGACAUCUGUAUGGAUAUAG